AAAUCGCACAAAUGGUUCUAUUAUAAAGUAAGUCGUACAGGGUGUUUGGAAAGUAACUGUGCAAUGUUAACAGCAUAUUUUGAGUCUAUUCCAGGGAAGCAGGUAAUUGGGGUGUUUAGAAACAAAACAAGAAGGGUCCAAGCCUGUAUUGAUGCUAGCGGGGGUCACUCCCAAAAUCAUUUAUAAUUGUCAUUUUUAUUUACCUCCUGGAUUCUAUACUGAAACAUGUCUUAAAAAUAUAUAUAAGUGUACAGUGACUUUCCAAACACCUUAUAUUAUCAUGAAUGUAUUUCCCAUUAUUAUGCAACAAAGACUUCAUAUAUUGCAUCAUAAACUGUGAAACAAAGUCAACAAUAACUAUUGUGAUGUCAUUAUAGUUUAACAUAACACAAUCUUUUUGCCAAAUCAUUAAAAUUAAAAUUGUUUAUUAUUUGCGCAUCAAUGUGCCUUAUUAACUUGUAAUAUCUGCACUUGUGUUUCUGAAAAUCUACUUUGUAUGUUAACAUGUUCCUUUUGCAUGGCAUGACAAUUAUGUGGCAAAGAACGGCAAACUUUGGUUUAAAUAUAGGAUUUUUUUAUUAUAAAUAUGAGCUCUGGAAGUCACAUAGUGAUAAUCAAAUUGAUAGAAUAAGUGCAAGUUGGGUUAUUGAAAUCAUUUUCCUGUGUACAAUAACACCUGCUUACAAGUAAUAGUUCCCACCCUACUGCUUAUAUGGUCCAUGUAUUAUAUACACCAUUGUAUGUAUUCCAUGUUAUGCAGUUGUAAGUUUUGCUAUAUAAGUUGUAUUAUUUCAUUUACUUGCUAUAUUUGUAUUUACAAUCGUGUACAAACAUCACACUUAGCUGCCAAACGGAAAAAACAGCAGCACUCUUAAUGACAUAGGUUUUGUUGUUUAGUGCUUACAUGAUGUACCACGUUGCUUGUAGAAUUAGCUGUUCAUUAGUUUAGUAUGAAGACACUGACAGUAAUUUGGUUCAUACAUACAUAUACAUAUAUGCAGUAUCUAAUUCUUUACUAUAAUUUGCUUUAUUUUUUUGGAUUUUUUUAAAAAACAUGACCUAAACCUUUGCUUCUAUAGAGUUAAGGUAUUUAGUUUAAGUUUUGUAAAUAAUGGACAGUCAAGUGAUCGGCACAAUUUGUACAACCAGGAGACAACGAGAUCGUAUCCGCUCCUCCCUCCACCUCCUCCUACUCUUCUCCUCCCCUCUCAUCCUCUCCUCCGUGCUGCUCCUCAUCCUCGUAAUUAUUUACCAUCUUCGUCCUUUCAUCGUGGCACGUGGCUUCACGCAAACAACAUGCACAGUGAUGGGGACUGAUGUGCUUCCCGUGCAAGUGAGCUGCAGCGCAGGCACAGAUGCGUUCACUCCAUGCGCAAGGAUUCACGUUUCUUAUUCAACGGGUGGAGAAUCCACCACACGAGGGAUACUGCUUGAGAACGAGCAAGCUUUGGUUAAUUGUAACCCGUGUUCGUACACGUUCGGAAAGUACGGCUUAUUCCACCGGGGGGAGUUAGAGUGCGGUGGUUGGAAAGAAAAUUUUGACCCAAAUGUUUGCGUGGAGCUUUUUCUCAAAGAAUUCGGCAACAACAAUUCAACCUACCCUUGUUACUUCAACCCACAUAAUGAAGAACAAGUUGUUCGACAACUUAAUGUAGAUGUUAACACAGUGAGCCACACACUUGCAUGGCCUCUACUUGCAUGUGUUGUAUACGCACUAUUGGCUGCAUUCGUGUCCUAUGAUGCCAAACAAAGAAGAUUACGGGAAAAAUCGUUAAAGAAAGUGAAGCAGAGCACGAGAAGUCACUUGUAUUUGAGCAGCAGUUACAAAAAGAAGAGAUUGAGUAUUUCCCUUGGUGUAAAACCACCAAAAGAUGGGCCAAGGAUUAAUGUAAACGCACACAACAUAGAAAUACAAUCGAAACGAAUCAGUGUGAGUGUACCGGCUCAUUUGCAUAACAUGACCUCUGACCUUUCACCUACUAUGGAUGACCCUGUGGUUUAUGAUGAUAUAUUGCUGGAGGUUCCAUGUGGAUUGGAUGAAGACUUUGAUAUGAGACAUUUAGAUCUUGCAGUUUCCGAAUACAACAUUGACAGUUUAACUGCAAACACAUCAUACUUUAACACACCCCUUGAGGAUUCAAUGCACUUUAACACACCCCUCCAAGGCGCACAUAACAACCCUGUAUUCUACAACACGCUACCACUACAAUGCAUCCAAGAACAUAGAACGGAUAACAGAUCUCGGUCGCAUGACUUCAUCGGGUUAGAUGAUGAUGUUUAUAAUGGUAUCCUAGCAUCUACUCCUGCUCCUCAAGAUGCAAUCUCCGUGACCAACAGCACAAUGAUCUCAGAGCAAGACAUUGACCUUUAUUACACUCUGUCUUCAAACUGUCGGCAAAAUUCUUCAGUGAUUCUCAAUCAUUCAAACAGGUCUGAAACCACUGUGUGAUCACAAUCAAUUGUGUUGCUAACAAUCACUUUGUUAUUUACUCACAAUAAGAUAAUGUUUCAAACUAAAGUAUUUAAACCUCAUAUUUUUACUGCACUGUUUAUUUUAAGUUUCCUAAAUUCUAGGACCAUUGGCGUGCCACAUAGGAUUUUACAUCAUAUUUUGUUACAAUUAAAAGUAACAUUGUGGAAAAACUCCAAUUGGGAAAUGCAUGGUUUGUAACUUUACAAGUGUUUUAAACCAUUGCAUUUAGGCCUCUGAUUCUCUUACUGCACUGUGUAUUUUAAGUUUUCCAAAUUCUACGCCCAAUGGCAUGCCACAUAGAAUUUCGAGUUUUCUGCAUAGUUUUGAGGCUACUUCAUUUCGGUUGUAACAGGGGUGUGGACACCCUACCCUGCCACCCCAGGUUCGGUGCCUAUAUUGUAUGUUUCAAAUCACACCUUCCAUGUUUUAUUUACCCACAAACUACCAACUUACUGUGUUAUAUUUUACCUCUUCAUUUUCUAACAAACAAGUCAAUUGCACACAUUUUUAUUUUUAUCGUUUUAGCCAAAAUAAACAAUAUUGAAAACA